UCAAGAAUCGUGCUUUUUAUCGUCAGUUUUUUUAUCAAAUACUCAUGUUGACAGUUGACACUGUUACCAUAGAAACGAAAUUUAUGAAAUUUAGAAUCAGAAGGAAAUGUGAUAAACAUUUCUUUGUAAUGUAAUUUGGUCCAUGUAAUGCACUUAUUCACUGGAUAGGAUAUAAUCAAAAAGCUGUAGUUACUGAAUUGUGAGAAAAGCCAUAAAAGAAUGAGCAAAUUUACAUAAAAAUUUUAACAAUUUUGGAAUAGAAAUUGCAAAUUUCCAAAUUUUGAAAAUGUCAAGUGGAAGACUGGUGUAGAAAUGUCAAUAAUGGCUGACGUUGUUGACGCUGAUGAAUUAAAAACUGUUCAUGUUGUCACUGAGUUUAAAGAAUCUACACAUACAAAUGUUGAUUCCACUCAACAAAAUGCUUCCUGCAAGGAAAGUAUACAACAGAAUGUAUUAGGUUCAAAAGAAGAAAUAUCAAAAAGAGUUCAAAUGGAUUCUUUAAAUUCAGAAGAUAUUGAUGAAGAUAUGAGCUCAUCCGAAUACACUUUUGAUGAUGGUGAUGACGAAGCUGAUAAGGAUGGCGUUUUGAAUGACAGCAUGAAAAAGAAAAGGAAACGUUUUAAAAAGAAAAAAACAAAACAUUUCGAUGUUGAGAGCAAUUCAAGUUCUGACAACGAAGAAAACGGAGCAUUCGAUGACACGAAUAUAAAUCCGUCUGACCUAACAUGGUUGUUGUGGAUGUGGUAUUAUGUAAGGGCUGUUUCAAGUGGUGCUCUUAAAGCUGCAGAAUUCUUGGGUGAAAAGUUGGCAGCAUUCUUUGGAAUCACAACACCAAAAUAUCAAUAUGUUAUUGAUGAAUAUUACAGACUAAAAGAUCUGGAAAAAGAAGAGGAAGAGAAAGAAAGAAAAGAACAAGAGUUUGUUGCUCAAAGAAAGUUGGAAGAACUAUCAAAAAUGGAAGGAGGCAAAGAGAAACUUGUCUACAAUCAAGUUUCUUCGUCAUUAUCAAACGCACAAUCUGCUGGCACAAUUCCAUAGAAAAUAUUUUUCUCACAGUCAUUGUUUUAGGUGCUAAGUACUUUUCAUAUUUAUCAUCUCAUUCAGACACUCUGACGUGGCGUUCAAAACUGAUGUUUUUUGAAACGGUCUUAUUUAAGACCGUUAAGUAAGCAAUUUCAACCCUGCAAGCUGACCUAAGCAUUAUACCAAACAUAACUUUAUUAAGCAUAGCUGUCAUUAGGUGUAAAAUAUGAUAAAAGCGAUCUUUAUGCCGAAAUCCCUAAUUUCAUCGCUACAUGUGGACAUGGAUGACGUUGUAUAUUUUGGACACAACUCCAUUCAAACUAUCUAUAGCAACGUUAUGUAACCUCUAUAACCUGUACAACUCCAUCCAAACUAUCUAUAGCAACGUUAUGUAACCUCUAUAACCUGUACAACUCCAUUCAAACUAUCUGUAGCAACGUUAUGUAACCUCUAUAACCUGUACAACUCCAUUCAAACUAUUUGUAGCAACGUUAUGUAACCUCUAUAACCUGUACAACUCCAAUCAAACUAUCUAUAGCAACGUUAUGUAACCUCUAUAACCUGUACAACUCCAUCCAAACUAUCUGUAGCAACGUUAAAACCUCUACAAUAUGUAAAAGUUCAGUCCUAACUAUAAGCAAAGUUUCAAACAAUUCACUUACGUUGUGUUGUGUUACACCAAGCGAUAGAGUCUGUUUUAACUAUCCUUUUCUUUUGCUAUGUUUUUGGCAGAACAUAUUGCUGUUUCGUUUAUCAAUAGUUUGUAAAAAUUUUGUUUGAAUUCUUUUUGUUUAUGUCAAACAUUUUCCUAAUAAAUCGUAGAACCUGUCAUUACUUGUUAAAAUAUGGAACAUAUGAGUUGUAGACUAAUCUCUCAGAAAUGUAGAAUUAUUUAAUGUGAAACUGGGAAAAUAGAAAUUGCCCCCUAGAGCGGAGUUUUAAUGUAAUUGUCUCCAUGUGAGAAACUUGCUUGAGUGAUGUAUUAACACAAACUUGUAAAAACAA